AUGAUUAUUACAUUAUAUUUUACAAUUUUAAUAUUAAAUUGUUUUUCUACUAUUUAUUGCUUAAAAUUAUCUUCUAAUAUCACAGAUGUUGUUUUAUACAAUAAUACUAAAGAUGGAGAAAAAAAUUUUGUCAUUCGAGCUAAAAGACAAUGUGGUUUCGGUGGUUGUGGUGUAGGAAUGAUGAUGCCACCUAUGGGUAUGAUGGGAGGUUGUUGUCCACCACCAGUGCCUAUCUGUUGUCCACCACCAAUGCCAAUGCCUUUACCAGUACCAGCUCCAGUUCCAGUACCAGUUCCAAUUCCAGUUCCAAUGCCAACAAUGGGUGGAGGAUGUUGUUCAUGUUGCCUUCCAGUAUGCCAACCAAUUUGUAUAAGAACAUGUGGUGUAAGUUAUGGUGGAUGUGGUGGUUAUGGAGGUUUUGGAGGUUAUGGAGGAUUUAGAAGAGCUAAAAGAUCUACUAUGCUUCAACUUGGGCAUAUAAAAAGUCCUAACUAUAAUAAGAAAUAG